AUGGGUUUGCCUCUGGCUGUUCUGGCGACGGCAGCCGUCGUCGCUAUUUUUGCCGUGCAGGCCAUCUACUCCGUCUUUUCCAGUCCGCUUGCUCGCAUCCCAGGCCCCAAGCUCUACGCCCUAACAAGCUGGCGGCUCGCAUACGACGACUGGUCCGGCGCCCGCACGCGCAAGCUGUACCGGCUGCACACACAGUACGGCCCCGUCGUGCGUGUGGGUCCCAACGAGGUGUCGUUUAGCAGCCUGGCGGCGAUGCGGACCAUCUACGGCGCGGGCAGCGGGUUUGAGCGAACGUCGUUUUACCGCAUGUUUGAAGUGUACGGCCGCAAGAACAUGUUCACGAUGGGCCCCGCGCGGGACCACGCGUCGCGCAAGAAGAUGGUGGCCAAUGCGUACGCCAAGUCGACGAUGCUCAAGGGGGCGAUCGCGGCGCUGGUGGAGACCAAGGCGCAACACUACGUGGACCUGAUCGAGGCGAGCGCUGGGCGUACGAGCGACGUCUUUGCGUCGCUGCACUACUUUUCGCUCGACGCCAUCACGCAGUUCCUGUACGGCGACGCGGGCGGCACGGCCUGUCUGACGGGAUCCGCGGUCCACCAGGCCCUCAUCAACGACAUUGUCGACAAGGCGCGGCGCAAGCUGUCGUGGUUCUCGGUGCACAUGCCCGAUUUCAUUGCGGCCGUCUACGCGCAGACGGGCCUUCUGGGCUGCUUGGCCGAGCGGUUUUUGUAUCCCAUGCAGAAGCCCACGACGUACACGGGCAUCCGCGACUACGCACGGCAUGCCGUCGAAGUGUUUGCCGACCAUGCCGCUGACAAGACGCAGGACGAACUAGACCGUGAGCCGAGCGUGAUUGCCAAGCUGUGGAAGCACCACGUGUCAGCGAAGAAGACGUCGGCCGGCAGCGGCCUGGACGACGCGGACAUUGCCGCCGAGUGUGCGGACCACUUGCUGGCCGGCAUCGACACGACAAGCGACACGCUCAUGUUUUCGGUGUGGCUGCUGUCGCGGCCGGAGAACCGCGCGUUCCAGGAAAAGCUGAUUGCAGAGGCGCGCUCCGUCGAUGCCACCGACGUCAACGAGCACGGCAUCACCCGCGCCCACGCUGCCGACAAGCUGCCCUACCUCGAUGCCGUCAUCAAGGAGACGCUGCGGCUGUUCCCGCCGCUGCCCGGCUCGGAGCCGCGGCUGUCCAGGGCCACGACGACCAUCGACGGGUACACGGUGCCUGCCAACACGGCCGUGUCCAUCUCGCCAUUUGUGCUGCAGCGGAACCCGGCCGUCUUCAAAGACCCGUCUGUGUUCAACCCCGAUCGGUGGAUGGACGCAUCGUCUGACACGACGGAAAUGCACCGUUGGUUCUGGGCCUUCUCCAGCGGCGGCCGCAUGUGCAUAGGCAUGCACCUGGCCAUGGCCGAGAUGACCACGCUGGCGUCGUCGGUGUACCGGCGGUACCGGACCGUGCCGACGGACGGCUUCGACGCGAUCUCGCCGGGCAUCACGAGCCGUUACGAGGUGUUGUGUGACGACAGCUGCCGAGAGAUGCGGGAACACGAAUGCCGUAUCCAGUUCCAGCCUCUGGAUGGGUAG